UCUUUCCUUCCUGUUCCUUUAUAAUAAAGAUUUUCGCCUCUUUCUGUGUGCCUCUGAUAUUUUCCUCUCUUUACUCUUUCUCCAACAAUUUCUUCAGGUUCUAUUAGGUGUUUUAACUGAAAGGUGAACAUGGGUGGUGGGAAGGAUAAACAUGACGAACAUGACAAAGGGCUUUUCGGGCACCAUGGACAUGGAUAUCCUGGAUAUCCUCCGGCACAAUAUCCUCCUGGACAGUACCCUCCACCUUCUGGGGCAUACCCUCCCCAACAGGGUUACCCACCACAGGGGUACCCACAACAAGGAUAUCCUCCUGCGGGGUAUCCUCCUGCCGGAUACCCUCCCGCCGGUUAUCCCGGAUCAUCAACUCAUCACACAGGGCAUAGCAGUGGUGGCUUAGGAGGAUUGAUAGCUGGGGGUGCUGCAGCUGCAGCCGCAGCUUAUGGCGCUCACAAUCUCUCACAUGGCGCUCACAUCCCGCACGGCGCUCACAACCCGUACGGCGCUCACAUCCCGUACGGCGCUCACAUCCCGCACGGUGCUCACAUGCAUCAUGGCGGCAAGUUCAAGCACCAUGGCGGCAAGUUCAAGCACGGCAAGUUUGGCAAGCACGGCAAGCAUGGCAAGUUCGGAAAGCAUGGCAUGCUCGGUGGAAAGUUCAAGAAGUGGAAGUGAUCCUCGUCUUUUUCAAACCGAAUGUGGUCUUAUUAACUAUUGUGCUUUCAUGUCGUUGGUUCUGAUUUCUCCAAAUAAUCUAUACAUAUGGACUCUUCGAUGUAUGCAUUGUGGCUGCUUAUAGCCUUAUUCUAUCGCUUUUGCCGUUAACAAAGCCGUAGUUUAGCAUCCAAA